AGGAGCCGGAAUUGGGGCUCACAGCCUCGGGAAGAGCCCGAGGUGCCACCGGCGGCCGGGGCUGCAGCCCAGCUCUCCCCCAGCCCCUCCUCGGAGAAUUUUGGCUGGAGGAUGCUGGGCUGAGCUACUCCCACCGCCCGGGCCCUCCCCCUGGCCCGGCUGAGGCUGUACCUUUUCUGCUCUGCCCAGGAGUGAGCCCCGCAGUCCUUCUGUCCUGCCCAGACCUCCGCUGAACAAAGGAGAGCUCUGGGCACAUCCCCAGCCCCGGCACUCCAAGAAAGGGAACUCCAGGACGGGUCCUUGGCACCCGGGGGCUGCUGCCAAAAUCCAUCCUCCUCCUCCUCCUCCUCCUCCUCCUGCACGGGCAGCAGGGAGCCUGCAGCUGGACAGAGCUCUCGGGGGACUCCUGGAAUUGGGGCCAGCAUGGGGGAUUGGUGGCUGGCCAGGCUCCUGCUGGGCUGCACGGCCGUGCUGGCCGUGGCCCCGGCGCGGGGACAGUUCGAGGGUGACCUGCAGACAGACAGAUUCGCUGCCUACGAGGAGAGACCCCCGAGCAGGGUGAGGAGAAGGGGCCAGGACUCGCUGCGAGGCCCCAACGUCUGCGGCUCGAGGUUCCACUCCUACUGCUGUCCUGGCUGGAAAACUCUGCCUGGAGGGAACCAGUGCAUUGUCCCAAUCUGCAGGAAUUCCUGUGGGGAUGGAUUCUGCUCCCGGCCCAACAUGUGCACCUGCUCCAAUGGACAGCUCUCCCCCAACUGCGGCUCAGCUGGAGUGCAGAGCUGCAGCGUGCGCUGCAUGAACGGGGGCAGCUGCUCCGAGGAGUCCUGCCUGUGCCAGAAGGGAUUCACGGGCACCUACUGCGGGCAGCCUGUGUGUGAGAACGGCUGCCAGAACGGGGGCAGGUGCAUCGGGCCCAACCGCUGCGCCUGCGUCUACGGCUUCACCGGGCCCCAGUGCGAGAGAGAUUACCGCACGGGGCCCUGCUUCAGCCAGGUGAACAACCAGAUGUGCCAGGGCCAGCUGAGUGGCAUCGUGUGCACCAAGACCAUGUGCUGUGCCACCAUCGGCCGCGCCUGGGGCCACCCCUGCGAGAUGUGCCCGGCCCAGCCGCACCCCUGCCGGCGAGGCUUCAUCCCCAACAUCCGCACCGGGGCCUGCCAGGACGUGGACGAGUGCCAGGCCAUCCCUGGCCUCUGCCAAGGUGGGAAUUGCAUCAACACCGUGGGCUCCUACGAGUGCAAGUGCCCUGCAGGGCACAAGCAGAGCGAGACCAGCCACAGGUGUGAAGACGUGGAUGAGUGCGGGACCAUCCCCGGCGUGUGCGACGGCGGCGACUGCACCAACACCGCGGGCAGCUACGUGUGCUCCUGCCCCCGCGGCUUCAUCAGCAGCCCCGACGGCUCCCGGUGCCUCGGAGGAUGA